CGAUUCUGUCUGGAAGCUCCUUGCCUCUCCACCGAGAUGAGUUUGCCAUGAGGUCGAGAAACUGUUCACACUCAGGAAGAAGAUUGCCACUGGACACAAGGCGCCAAUAGUCACUGGUUAUUUUCAGCUGGUGCAUCAAAAAUCUGAUGACAUUUGUGCCGAUGAUCAGGUCAUCGCGUUGGCCAGGCACCACAAGGACAGGCACGAUGCAGCGCUCUCCAUACAGUUCCAUCUCCACUUCAUACAUGCACUUGGGUCUGCUCAGUGACCCACCACAGCCUACCAACACCAGUUGGUCAAUGGAAUGGGUUCUGGGAGUUCAUUCAACAUCUUUUGCUCUGCUUGCUCACUUAGUGUGCAGGCCAUGGAACCAGAGACAAGCAGCCCUGGGCCUGGAAAAUAUUGUUUAUGCUGACAGGGGUGUAAAAGAGUUCAUCAUAGGCUUCCACUCUCUGCAUGUUUUGCACUAUUACUUUAGCACCAGUGGGAGCUGCUGCACAUGCUCUUAUGUAAUGCUGCUCAACGCUGUUGAGGGUCUCUUACUUUGUGCCCACACAUCCCCUCUCUAAAUGCGGGCCAGCUAGUUUAAAGUCUGGGGGCUUUGGGGAGGGGAGGUACUGAUCCGACCUUGGCCAGGCUGCCGCCUAGGACAGUUCCUCUUGAUGUGAUUUGGCUCGAAACAUGCCAGACAUAGACGUUUCUGCCUGCAGUGUGUGAGAGUGGAGUGCUCCGAUGACUGGCAGACCCUGCAAGACAUAUCCUAUAUCUGAUCAGAGAAGGCAGGUUUUUGUGCAGAAUGGCUGUUCUGUGAUAGUGCGCGAUCAAAAAGACUUACUAACACUUUCAGACAAUCAUCAUUGCAAGUAGGUCUGGUCACAAUAAUGUCCUUCUGCACAGGUGACUCGUCAAGUGUAGGAGCCUGGGUGUGUACUGCUAUUGGUCUGGGGCACUUUGAUUUGGAAAGCACUUCUUUCAUUUCAAUUUGGUAGCGAUCAAUAUGCUCUUGAACCUCACUGGCUGCCCAUUUAUCUGGUGCUUUAAACUUAAAAAGAGCAGCAAGUGUGGGCUCUGGGCAGUAUCAAACAUCAUGUCUACUUCCUGACAAGGAUCUUCCAUGCGCCGUCCCAAUCUUUUCAAGCCCUCUUCUGCUGCAUCAACUGCCUUGUUCAGCCAAAGCCAGUACUCUACAGGGGACUCUCCUGUCACUGGAACUGUGCUGUAGAAAUCAGCCAUAGGCAUACAAGAAUAUGUCACUUCACUGAAAUGUUGUCGGAGGAUGUCAUAGAUGACUUUUGGAUUUUCUUGAGGCUUCAUGGAUGGGCUGCUACUCAAAGUUAUCCUCACAAUGUCUUUAGCCUUGCCCAUUAACUUAGACAUUAUCUCAGAAUGCUGUUCUCUCAGGGGUAUGCCACGUUUCCGGAAAUACACUUCCAUUAAAUCUUCCCAUUCACAGACUCUGUUCUUGUCAGAUCCAUCUCCCCUGAAGGCUGGAGGCUCUCUCACAUCUGACUGUAGGACUAGCUUUGCACCGGUCAAGUUGAGAAUGGCUGCAGAAGUGGACUUAUUCUCUUUCCUGAAAACGCGAAAUCUACCUGAUAGUGUCAUCAACCAACUAAAAGAUGAUAAGAUCGACAUCAACGUCAUAGGUGUUAUGACAGAUGAGGAGUUAGGACAGUAUAUCGUAAGAUAUGUUGACCGACUUGCACUCAGAGCAUUUUGUCGUCAAAGAACUGUAACAAAUGAAAAGUCAGGAGGAGUGGAGACAGUGAAGUCCGCUCUCAUGCAGAGAGUAAGAGACAGGCUCGGGGAACAACGGAAAACUCCUGCCGACAGACAAACAGUUGGCAACAUUGUUGGCAAUAAACAUGCAGCCAAAGCUACCCGGCGGAUUGAAAUGGGAUGGCUCCACUUUGAUAACGGCACUUAUCACCAGAUCAAAACAAGAAAUGGAGGUGGAACACGGCACCUGUCAGUGGAGAAAUCAAUAACUAUGGGUGAACUGCUGGAGACGGGCAAGGGCUUGUUUUUUCCAAAUGGAUAUUCAUCUAAAGGACCAGUGGAAGACUUCAAGUUUGAUAUUCGUGAUUUUAGUCACAAUGCAGUAUCCCCUGAAGUCACAGUGAGCCAGCUGUACGAGCAGACUAAGAUACGGAUGCUGCGCAUCUACACAACCUCCAAGGCUAAAGACGUAAUACUUCUCUCUGAUGCAUCAUCGGACUUCGAGCCCACAGAUGAGAGGCCAAUGAAGACUAGGACAAUGCAGAGACAAUCCUUGAGGAACAAAACCAGGAGAUGUCAUCACUGGAGGACUGGAACUGAUCAUCCAGAGAGCUCCACUGAUUUAGAUCCAGCACCCAGUGGCUCAAUGCAGGAAAACCAUGAAAAAAGAGGAGAACCAAUCAGUCAAUCAGGACCAGCAACUCCUGAGAUGAGCAACACAGAGGUCCUGCAUCCACCAUCUUCCGAUGAUGUUGGCAAUCAAACUCGGCAAUCAACAAGCAGGCAUGGAUCUGAAGACGAGUGUUUAAUGCCUGUGUCAAAUCAAGAUCCAGACCAGUUGUUAAGUGACGAGUUGGAUUCCCCUCUUGCCCUUGCCAUCCAAGCAUCUCUUGAGGACUUUGAAGUAAACUUUGGACCUGUUUGUGGUGAUGAUGGUGAUAAUCAAGACUCCACCAGUAUGCAGCACUCUACACUGAAUGAUGGACCUGUAUCAUCAAGCAGUCUUCCAGCAUCACCAGACCCAUUUGAAAAAGAACUCCUUGUGAAAUUAAGACGAGUAAACAUAGUUGAUGAUGUCCUUAAUAUCUUCAUGGAACCAAAAAUACUGAAUGCUAAUCUAAAAAUGGAGUUUACAAAUGAGAAAGCUGUGGACAGUGAUGGUGUGUCAAGAGAGGUAUACUCUGCGUUCUGGGAACAUUUCUUGGAACAGUGUGAGGGGGAAGAUGAACGAGUACCCAGACUACGACCAGACUAUUCUGAGAAGGCAUGGCAAGCUCUUGGAAGAAUGUGGCUGAAAGGAUACCUGGACCAAAAAAUCAUACCAAUCAGACUGUCACCAGCUUUUGUUCUUGCCUGUUGUCAAGGACUUGGUUCAGUGGAUGAAGAACUCUUGAUGAUGUCAUUUUCCAGAUUUCUUUCAGAGAAUGAGCGUGCAUCACUUGAAAAAGCACUACAGGGCAACAUUGAUGAAACUGUUGAAGAGGACUUACUCGACGUCUUCUCAAGAAUGGGCUCACACUGCCUGCCCUCUAAAGACAACGUACGGGCUGCCAUUUUAACAAUGGCACACAAAGCUCUUCUUCAAGAGCCAAAGUUCAUAAUUGACUGUUUCCACUCCAGUAUUCACAAUGCUGUGCCAACACUCAUAACCAAAGAAAGCAUAAUGGAGCUUUACGAAUCUAAGCGGCCAACUAACAAGAAAGUGGCCCAGAUGAUAAAGCCAUCAACUGAAAGCCUAAAUCCACAAGAGCAGACAGCUCUUAACCACCUGCUACGGUAUGUGAGAAGCAUCGACCAAAGAAAACUGGAGAUCUUCUUACGCUUCUGCACAGGGUCCACUGUGCUGUGCACAGACACAAUCGAAGUAACUUUUAAUAGAUUGUGUGGUUUAAGUCGCAGGCCUGUAGCACACACAUGUGGAGCAGUUCUUGAGUUACCAUGCACCUACAGCUCAUACCCUGAGUUUCGUCAAGAGUUUGACAAUGUCCUGUCUGGCGAUUGCUUUACAAUGGAUAUUGUGUAG